UAGGGAUAUAUUAUUCUGUAACGCGGCUUCCUUCCUUCUCUCCCUCUUUUCUGCCGUUGAAAGGUGUAACCAUGUCGUCUCAUCUGCAGUGGAUGGUCAUCAGGAACUGCUCCAGCUUCCUCAUCAAGAGGAACGGACAGACCUACAGCACCGAACCCAACAACCUCAAGUCAAAGAACUCGUUCCGUUUUAACGGACUUGUGCACAGGAAGACUGUUGGUGUGGAGCCUGCUGCUGAUGGGAAAGGCAUUGUUGUGGUUUUGAAGAAGCGUGCAGGUCAACGCAAACCUGCUACCUCAUUUGAGAAAAUCACAAUCAACAAGAACUCGCGUGCCACUCUCAGCAGCCUGCGUCACAUCAUCCGCAAAAACAACUACAGGAAGGAUCUGCGCAUGGCCGCUCUGCGCCGCGCUAGCGCCAUCCUGAAGAGCCAGAAGCCCGUGGUGGUGAAGAAGCAGCGCUCAAGAGCAACCAAGACCGCAUAAAUGCUUUCUAUAAGAAUCAUCUAAUAAAGUUCUGUCAAAUUGAA